UGGAGGAUAUAAAAGUCAUUUAAGAUGCUCUUACCGCCGGUCCCCCAUCUCCACUAAUGACAGUUCAAAAUCAAAUUAAUUACAAUUAAUUCACCAUUUAAUUCUUUCUUAAACCCUUCCAGUUCCCGAUUUCGUUUGCUGGUUCGUGUCGGUUGCGAGGUUCGGUCGAUUGUUUGGCAAUGGGAGUUCCGGUGUUCUACCGGUGGCUAUCGGAGAAGUAUCCGUUGGUGGUGGUGGACGUCGUCCAGGAAGAGCCGGUUGUAGUUGACGGCGUUAAGAUUCCGGUGGAUACGAGAAAACCGAAUCCGAAUAAAAUUGAAUUCGAUAACUUGUAUCUCGACAUGAACGGGAUUAUUCAUCCCUGUUUCCAUCCUGAAGACAGAAAUGGUCCAUCGACGUAUGAUGAGGUGUUUCGGUGUGUUUUUUAUUACAUCGACAGGCUUUUUGCGAUGGUGCGACCUAGGAAGUUGCUGUAUUUGGCGAUUGAUGGUGUUGCCCCACGGGCGAAAAUGAAUCAGCAGCGAACUAGGCGUUUUAGAGCAGCUAAAGAUGCUGCAGAUGCGGCAGCUGAAGAAGAACGGUUGCGGCUGGAGUUUGAGAAGGAGGGCAGAAAGCUCCCCCCUAAAUUUGAUUCUCAAGUUUGUGAUUCUAAUGUUAUCACUCCUGGAACUUCAUUUAUGGCUGUUUUGUCGAUUGCUUUGCAGUACUAUAUUCACCUUAGAUUAAAUAAUGAUCCUGGAUGGGAAAAUAUCAAGGUUAUUCUUUCUGAUGCAAAUGUCCCUGGUGAAGGGGAGCAUAAAAUUAUGUCGUACAUUCGUCUUCAAAGAAAUCUUCCUGGUUUUGAUCCAAAUACACGUCAUUGUCUAUAUGGUUUGGAUGCAGAUUUAAUUAUGUUGGCUUUGGCAACGCAUGAAGUUCACUUUUCAAUCCUUAGAGAGAUUGUAUUCACUCCUGGACAGCAAAACAAAUGCUUCCUUUGCGGUCAGAUGGGUCAUUUAGCAGAAUAUUGUGUAGGAAAGGCAAAGGGAAAGUCAGGAGAAUAUGAUGAGAAAGGGGAUGGGGAUUUCGGGGCCAAAAAGCCAUACCAGCUUCUUAACCUUUGGACUCUUAGAGAAUACCUGGACUAUGAGAUGAGAAUUCCUAACCCUCCAUUCGAGAUUGAUCUUGAAUGCAUUGUGGAUGAUUUUAUCUUUAUGUGUUUCUUUGUUGGCAAUGAUUUUGUGCCACAUAUGCCUACAUUGGAGAUUCGUGAGGGUGCAAUCAACUUACUGAUGGCUAUAUACAAAAAAGAGUUUACGGCUUUGGGCGGGUACUUGACUGAUGGAUGCAAGCUAAAUCUGAGCAGGGUGGAACAUUUUAUUCAAGCUAUUGGAUCGUUUGAGGUUAAAAUUUUUCAGAAAAGAGCACGGUUGCACCAGAGGCAGGCUGAACGAAUCAUGCGUGAAAUGGCUCAAGCAACAAUAGGAGACAAUGAAGAGCCUGAAGCCCAACCUGAUUCUUUGGUUCCUGUUUCUCAGUUUCUUGGUUCAUGUAUGGCUUCCAGUCCUUCCCUCUCCAUAUCGUUUAACGAAAUGGGAAAUGAUAACUCUGGCAAAUGUUCUUGGACAUCUGCCGGUACAGGAACUUCUGCUCAGCCCUAUAAAGUUCCAAAUAUGUCUUCUGGGGCCACUAUUGGUAGAGUCAUUUGUGAAUCAGAGACUAGUCUAGAAAAAGAAAUGCAAGAAAAUCAAGAAGAAUUGAAAAGAAAACUUAAGGAGUUUCUUCGUGAGAAGUCUGAUGUUUUUAACUCGGAAAAUCCACAAUUAGAUAAGGUUAGAUUGGGAGAGCCAGGAUGGAAAGAAAGGUAUUAUGAGGAGAAGUUUAAUGCAAAAACUCUUGAGGAACGUGAACAUGUACGAAAGGAUGUUGUUUUGAGGUACAUAGAAGGGUUAUGUUGGGUUAUGCGUUAUUACUACGAAGGUGUCUGUUCUUGGCAGUGGUUUUAUCCUUAUCAUUAUGCACCCUUUGCUUCUGAUCUGAAAGGUCUCGGCCGGCUGAAGAUAAGCUUUGAACUGGGUCUGCCCUUUAAACCGUUCAAUCAACUAUUGGGAGUUUUCCCUGCUGCAAGUGCCCAUGCACUCCCUGAGCAUUACCGAAAAUUGAUGACUGACCCAAAGUCGCCUAUAAUUCAUUUUUAUCCAAAUGAUUUCAAAGUGGACAUGAAUGGAAAACGGUAUGCCUGGCAGGGUAUUGCAAAGCUGCCUUUCAUUGAUGAAGCUCGCCUUCUUGCUGAGGUCAAGAAAAUUGAACCUACUUUAAUGGCUGAGGAAGUGCAGAGAAACAGUUCGAUGUCUGACAUGCUUUUUGUGCUACUAUCCCAUCCUCUCUCGGCAAGCAUAUUUACACUCAAUGAACGUUGUAAACAAUUAACAGUCAAAGAGAGAGCUGAAGUGAAAGAAAGUCUCAAACCUGAGCUAAGUGAUGGGAUGAACGGUUAUAUAUCCCCUGCUGCUGGUGAUUCUCAUGCUUCCGUAUUCAAGUCCCCAGUUGAUGGGAUGGAAGAUAUUAAGAGCAAUCAAGUCAUACGUGCUUCCUACCAACUCCCUGAUGCACAUAAACACAUCCCUCGACCUCCUGUCGAGGUCAUGUUUCCUGAAAAGACGGUGGAAGAGGGGGAUCUCAAACCUGAACCUAUAUUGUGGCAUGAGGAUACUGGGAAGAGACCUUAUAAAAGUAGAAGGCAAAAUCCCCAUGGUUCCGAUUCUGGCAAUGAGCUCGGAGAGGCAUUCCAAUGGCUUGGUGUUAAUAGUGUACAGUUGAAGAGGGGUAACAAUGGGUAUGGCAAUCAUGUGCCUGGUCCACGGCAACCUUACUAUUAUGCUGCAACCAAUGUUCUUCCAGUUCCUUCCUAUCAAAAUCACAGGGCUCAUGAUCAUUCUCCUGCAGCACGUUCUCGAUCAUCAGUGCCUGCCACGUCCUAUGACAGUGGGUAUCAAUACUAUUCUUCAUCAACUUCUCACCCUCCUUACAUAAGGUCUCACCCGCAAUACGAAAGAAAUAAUCAGUCAGGUACCAGUAGAGAGCAGCCAACCGAUUCACUCAAUGCUAUGUACCCACCAGCACUCAUAGCCGAAACACCAACUGGGGCUACUCUGUAUUCUGUUCAAGGUGGUUACUAUGGCUUUCAAAGCCACCAGCCACCUGUUGUUUGUGGUUUACAUCAAUGGGGUUGGUCACAGGCUAACCAGAGCGUUCCUAGAGGGUAUGCCCACCAUCAACAAAGAGGAAACUACCGACUGGCACUCAUAGCCGAAACACCAACUGGGGCUACUCCGUAUUCUGUUCAAGGUGGUUACAAUGGCUUUCAGAGCCACCAACCACCCGGUGCUGGUGAUUUACAUCAAUGGGGUUGGUCACAGGCUAACCAGAGCAUUCCCAGAGGGUAUGCCCACCAUCAGCAAAGAGGAAACCAGUUUCAUUAUCAACACCAUGGAAACCAGGGCCAGUAUCAAAACAGAGGAAAUCAGGGCCAGUAUCAAUAUAGAGGAAUCCAGGGUGGCUACCAUUAUAACAAUCAACAGAGGGUAAACUACAAUCACCAUCAACAAGGAGGGAAUCAAUAUUCAGCUUUCGACAGAAGACCAAAUAAUAUUCCCCCACCACCCAGGAACAGCUACCAAUAAUAGUUUCCUGCUUGUGGGUGUGCAUGAUCUCGUGAAGGAGAUUUUGCAGAGAAGCGUCCCAAUGAAUUUCUUCAAAGGUGCUUGAUCAUUCAAACUUUCUGCAAGUGUUUUUGUUUUUGCAGUAGGAAACAUAUUUAUGUGCAUCAUGAUGCUAUAAACUUAUAAUAUAACUAGUCACGGGUGCUCUUUUGGGCGUCUGUGCCUUUUCCUGUUC